AUGCAAAGGAUUUCCUACAACUGCAAAGACACUACCUGGCCAAGGAAAGCCGACGCCGUCGCCGCAGAUCUGGGGCAAAGGGGAUGUGGGAAAUGCGGCCGCCCGGACUUGUGCAUCUUGGGCAAAAUCAUGGGGAUUAAAAGUGGAUUUACCUUGGGGAACCUCGUCUUUUUCUGGAUGCUCUCCUCUGUGAAAGGAUUUAUUUAUACAUGUGGUGGGACUUUAAAAGGACUCAAUGGUACUAUAGAAAGUCCAGGCUUUCCAUAUGGAUAUCCAAAUGGUGCAAACUGUACGUGGGUCAUAAUUGCAGAAGAAAGAAAUAGAAUACAGAUAGUAUUUCAGUCUUUUGCUCUAGAAGAAGAAUAUGACUAUCUAUCAUUAUAUGAUGGGCAUCCUCAACCAGCAAAUUUCAGGACAAGGUUAACAGGAUUUCAUCUUCCUCCACCUGUGACCUCCACAAAAUCUGUAUUUUCAUUACGAUUAACCAGUGACUUUGCAGUGAGUGCUCAUGGAUUUAAAGUAUAUUAUGAAGAGUUACAGAGCAGUUCUUGUGGAAAUCCUGGAAUUCCAUCCAAAGGUAUUUUAUCUGGAACACGAUUUGAUGUUGGUGACAAAAUUCGAUAUAAUUGCGUGACGGGCUAUAUAUUGGAUGGUCAUCCCCAACUUACCUGUAUAGCCAGUUCAGUAAAUACAGCAUCCUGGGACUUUCCAGUUCCUAUCUGUAGAGCGGAAGAUGCAUGCGGAGGAACAAUGAGGGGUUCCAGUGGUGUCAUCUCUAGUCCUAAUUUUCCAAAUGAGUACCACAAUAAUGCAGACUGUACAUGGACAAUUGUGGCAGAACCUGGAGACACCAUCUCACUCAUCUUUACAGAUUUUCAUAUGGAAGAGAAAUAUGAUUACCUGGAAAUAGAAGGUUCUGAACCACCCACAAUAUGGUUAUCUGGAAUGAAUAUCCCACCUCCAGUUAUCAGCAACAAAAACUGGCUAAGGCUUCAUUUUGUAACAGACAGCAAUCACCGAUAUCGUGGAUUUAGUGCUCCUUAUCAAGGUUCUUCUUCCACUUUGACCCAAACUGACUUCACUGGUGAGUUAAAGGAACAUAUUGCGGCUACCGGUGCUGAUAAUACCUUUGCUAGCACAUCUGCUGAUGUUACUGUAUCCAGUCUUACUACUAUCACCAGCCAUAGAGUUUCCGAAGAGCAGCGAGGGCAAGCCGUGAAUCUCAGAAACUCAGAUCUGGAGCUCACCACUUUCAAGGACUCGCUCUCCCUUCAAUCAGCAAAUACGCAAAUUACCAGAAGACGGCCAAGAAAUGCUGAGCAGAUAGAAAGAACUAAAUCGCUUGCAGUUGUUACACAUAGAGUGAAAAAGGCCAUAGAUUUUAAAUCUAGAGGAUUUAAAUUGUUUCCAGGGAAAGACAACAGCAACAAGUUUUCUAUCUUAAAUGAAGGAGGGAUCAAACAGGCAUCAAAUUUGUGUCCAGAUCCUGGAGAACCUGAGAAUGGAAAACGAAUAGGCUCAGACUUUAGCUUGGAGUCAACAGUGCAGUUUUCUUGUGAUGAAGACUAUGUGCUCCAGGGGGCAAAAAGCAUAACCUGCCAAAGGAUAGCAGAAGUUUUUGCCGCAUGGAGUGAUCACAGACCAGUGUGCAAAGUAAAGACAUGUGGAUCUAAUCUUCAAGGACCGGGCGGCACUUUCACAUCCCCCAAUUUUCCUUUCCAGUAUGACAGCAAUGCUCAGUGUGUUUGGGUUAUCACAGCCAUCAAUCCAAAUAAGGUUAUUCAAAUUAAUUUUGAAGAAUUUGACCUGGAAAUUGGCUAUGAUACACUAACAAUUGGAGAUGGAGGUGAAGUAGGUGAUCCUAGAACUGUGCUUCAAGUAUUAACAGGAAGCUUUGUGCCGGAUUUAAUCGUUAGCAUGAACAAUCAGAUGUGGCUGCAUCUUCAGACAGAUGAAAGUGUGGGCUCAGUUGGUUUCAAAGUUAACUACAAAGAAAUUGAAAAAGAAAGUUGUGGAGAUCCAGGAACACCUUUGUAUGGCAUCAGAGAAGGAGAUGGGUUUUCCAAUCAUGAUGUAUUGAGGUUUGAAUGCCAGUUUGGAUUUGAAUUGAUUGGAGAAAAAACUAUUGUUUGUCAAGAGAAUAACCAGUGGUCAGCAAAUAUACCUAUAUGCAUUUUUCCUUGCCUAUCUAAUUUCACGGCGCCGAUGGGAACUGUUCUUUCUCCUGACUACCCAGAAGGAUAUGGGAAUAAUUUGAAUUGCAUCUGGACAAUCAUCUCAGACCCUGGAAGUCGCAUUCACCUUUCUUUCAAUGAUUUUGACCUGGAAUCUCAGUUUGACUUUCUUGCAAUUAAAGACGGUGAUUCUCCUGAUUCUCCAAUCCUUGGCACAUUCACUGGAGCUGAAGUGCCAUCCCAUCUGACUAGUAACAGCCACAUUUUACGCUUGGAAUUUCAAGCUGAUCAUUCAAUGUCAGGCCGAGGAUUUAAUAUCACCUAUAACACAUUUGGACAUAAUGAGUGUCCUGAUCCUGGUAUACCAAUCAAUGCACGUCGGUUUGGAGAUAAUUUUCAACUGGGAAGUUCUAUCUCUGUGAUUUGUGAAGAUGGUUUUAUUAAAACUCAAGGAACUGAAACAAUUACUUGUGUUUUGAUGGAUGGUAAAGUCAUGUGGAGUGGACCUAUCCCUAAGUGUGGAGCUCCAUGUGGUGGACAUUUUGCAGCCCCCAGUGGAGUCAUCCUUUCUCCAGGCUGGCCUGGCUAUUAUAAAGACUCCUUGAAUUGUGAGUGGGUGAUUGAAGCAGAACCAGGACACUCUAUCAAAAUUACAUUUGAAAGAUUCCAGACAGAACUCAAUUACGAUGUUCUUGAAGUACAUGAUGGACCAAAUCUUUUGUCACCACUUCUUGGAUCUUACAAUGGUACACAAGUCCCUCAAUUUUUAUUCAGUAGCAGCAAUUUCAUUUAUCUCUUGUUUACAACAGAUAAUAGUCGAUCUAAUAAUGGAUUCAAAAUCCACUAUGAAAGUGUAAUGGUUAAUACCUACUCUUGUUUGGACCCUGGUAUACCUGUACAUGGUCAUCGUUAUGGGCAUGAUUUUUCCAUUGGAUCAACUGUGUCAUUUGGGUGCGACCCAGGCUAUAGACUAAAUCAUGAGGAGCCUCUGCUUUGUGAAAAGAACCACUGGUGGAGCCAUCCACUUCCAACUUGUGAUGCUCUAUGUGGAGGGGAUGUUAGAGGACCCAGUGGAACUAUUCUGUCUCCUGGUUAUCCUGAACUAUAUCCAAAUUCAUUGAAUUGCACAUGGACUGUGGAUGUCACACAUGGAAAAGGAGUGCAAUUCACCUUUCACACCUUCCAUUUGGAAGAUCAUCAUGACUACCUACUAAUCACAGAGAACCGCAGCUUCACUCAACCACUAGCACGCCUGACUGGUUCAGAACUUCCAUCUCCAAUCAACGCUGGUCUCUAUGGAAAUUUCAGGGCUCAAUUGCGCUUUAUUUCUGACUUUUCAAUAUCUUAUGAAGGAUUUAAUAUUUCUUUCUCGGAAUACAAUCUAGAACCAUGUGAGGACCCCGGCACACCUCAAUUUGGAAGUAGAAUUGGAUUUAACUUUGAAGUAGGAGAUACUCUUACUUUCUCCUGUUCUUCUGGAUACCGCUUAGAGGGAGCUUCAGAAAUCAUCUGCCUUGGUGGUGGCCGAAGAGUGUGGAGUGCACCUCUGCCCAGGUGUGUGGCUGAAUGUGGAGCUUCUGCCACCACUAAUGAAGGAAUAUUAUUAUCCCCCAAUUAUCCCCUCAACUAUGACAACAAUCAUGAAUGUAUAUACAGCAUUCAGGUGCAAGCAGGGAAGGGAAUUAAUAUUUCUGCCAGAACAUUCCAUUUAGCACAAGCAGAUGUUCUUAAGAUAUAUGAUGGGAAAGAUAAUACAGCGCAUUUGCUGGGUGCAUUUACUGGAGCUUCUCUAAGAGGACUAACGCUGAGCAGUACUUCAAAUCAUAUUUGGCUUGAAUUUAAUUCAGAUGCUGAAGGUACAGAUGAAGGGUUUCAGCUCGUAUAUACCAGUUUUGAACUUUCUCACUGUGAAGAUCCAGGUGUUCCACAAUUUGGAUACAAAAUCAGUGAUCAAGGUCAUUUUGCUGGCAGCACUAUCAUUUAUGGAUGUAAUCCUGGUUACACUCUCCAUGGGAGCAGUCUUCUAAAAUGCAUGACUGGAGAAAGGAGAACUUGGGAUUAUCCCUUGCCAUCUUGUAUCGCUGAAUGUGGAGGUCGUUUUAAAGGAGAAUCUUCAGGAAGAAUCUUGUCUCCGGGCUAUCCUUUUCCGUAUGAUAAUAAUCUGCGUUGUAUGUGGAUAAUCGAAGUAGAUCCAGGAAACAUUGUCAGUCUCCAAUUUUUAGCAUUUGAUACUGAAGCCUCACAUGAUAUCCUACGUGUUUGGGAUGGUCCACCUGAAAAUGACAUGCUGUUAAAAGAAAUUAGUGGCUCUCUUAUUCCAGAAGGCAUCCACAGCACUCUCAACAUAGUGACAAUACAAUUUGACACAGACUUCUAUAUCAGCAAAUCUGGAUUUGCCAUUCAAUUUUCAAGCUCUGUGGCCACGGCGUGUAGAGAUCCAGGCGUCCCCAUGAAUGGAACCCGUAAUGGAGAUGGAAGAGAACCUGGGGACACGGUGCUAUUUCAAUGUGAUCCUGGCUAUGAGUUGCAAGGAGAUGAGCGAAUAACCUGCAUUCAGGUAGAAAAUCGGUACUUCUGGCAGCCCAACCCACCAGUCUGUAUAGCACCUUGUGGAGGCAAUCUGACGGGAUCAUCGGGUUUUAUUCUUUCACCAAAUUUCCCACAUCCUUAUCCCCAUAGCAGAGACUGUGACUGGACUAUUACUGUUAAUAAUGACUACGUAAUAUCAUUAGCUUUUAUCAGCUUCAGCAUAGAACCAAAUUAUGACUUUCUCUACAUCUAUGAUGGGCCAGACAGCAAUAGCCCAUUAAUUGGAAGUUUUCAAGAUAGCAAAUUGCCAGAGAGAAUAGAAAGCAGUUCAAACUCAAUGCAUCUGGCUUUUCGAAGUGAUGGAUCUGUUAGUUUUACUGGGUUCCAUUUGGAGUAUAAAGCCAAGUUACGUGAGUCAUGCUUUGAUCCUGGGAAUAUCAUGAAUGGUACAAGACUUGGAAUGGAUUAUAAACUGGGAUCGACAGUCACAUAUUAUUGUGAUGCUGGCUAUGUUCUUCAAGGAUACUCUACCCUUACUUGUAUCAUGGGAGAUGAUGGAAGACCUGGAUGGAACAGAGCCUUACCUACUUGCCAUGCACCUUGUGGAAUACGUUCCAUGGGUUCUGAAGGAACGGUUUUAUCACCAAACUAUCCUAAAAACUAUAGCAUAGGACAUAACUGCAUUUACUCGAUUUCAGUUCCUAAAGAAUUUGUGGUUUUUGGCCAGUUUGUAUUUUUCCAGACAUCUCUCCAUGAUGUGGUUGAAGUAUAUGAUGGGCCAACUCAGCAAUCAUCCUUAUUAUCUUCCCUUUCAGGAUCACAUUCAGGAGAAUCCCUUCCAUUGAGCUCAAAAAACCAGAUAACUGUCCGAUUUACUUCAGUCGGACCUGUUACAGCCAAAGGAUUUCACUUCGUCUAUCAAGCGGUUCCAAGAACAAGUUCAACACAGUGCAGUUCAGUGCCUGAACCACGAUUUGGAAAAAGAAUUGGAAAUGAAUUUGCAGUUGGUUCAUUGGUUCUUUUUGAGUGUAAUCCAGGCUACAUACUAUAUGGUUCAAUAGCAAUUAGAUGCGACACAGUGCCCAAUGCAUUGGCGCAGUGGAAUGAUACCCUUCCUACAUGUGUUGUACCCUGUGGAGGUGUUUUAACUAAACGUAAAGGAACAAUUUUAUCUCCGGGAUAUCCUGAGCCAUAUGACAACAAUCUGAAUUGUGUGUGGAAGAUCACAGUGCCAGAGGGAGCUGGGAUUCAGGUACAAGUGAUAAGUUUUGCAACGGAGCAUAACUGGGACUCUUUAGAUUUUUAUGAUGGUGCUGAUAACAACGCUCCAAGACUUGGAAGCUACUCAGGAACCACAAUACCUCCACUUCUUAAUAGUACAUCCAACAAUUUGUACUUAAAUUUUCAGUCAGAUAUUAGUGUGUCGGCUGCCGGCUUUCACUUAGAGUACACAGCUAUAGGUUUGGACUCCUGCCCUGAACCUCAGAUCCCAAAUAGUGGAAUUAAGAUUGGAGACAGGUACAUGGUGGGAGAUGUCGUUUCCUUCCAGUGUGACCAAGGAUAUUCUCUCCAGGCAGGAAAAGAUAACAUGGUUUAAAUGAGCUUUUCCCCCUUCUCAUUUGUAGCACAAUGUGGUGGUUCCAUGUCAGACUUCAGUGGUGUGAUCCUUAGCCCAGGAUUUCCCGGGAAUUAUCCCAGUAGUUUGGAUUGUACAUGGACUAUCAAGCUGCCUGUUGGCUUUGGUGUGCACUUGCAAUUUGUAAACUUUUCAACGGAGACAAUCCAUGAUUACCUGGAAGUUAGAAGUGGAUCCCCCGAUGUUAGCACUGCCAUUGGUAGACUCAGCGGAACUCAGCUCCCUUCUUCCCUUUUCAGUACAACGCAUGAAACUAGCUUAUAUUUUCACAGCGAUUACUCUCAGAACAAACAAGGAUUUCAUAUUGUGUAUCAAGCGUAUCAAUUGCAAAGUUGUCCCGAUCCACGUCCCUUCCGAAAUGGAUUUGUUAUUGGAACUGACUUUACUGUAGGACAGACUGUUUCAUUUGAGUGUUUUCUUGGAUACACUUUAAUUGGAAAUUCAGCCCUUACUUGCCUUCAUGGAAUCAGUCGUAACUGGAACCAUCCUCUUCCAAGGUGUGAAGCUCUUUGCGGAGGAAAUAUAACUGCUAUGAAUGGUACAAUAUAUUCACCUGGCUACCCUGAUGAAUAUCCAAAUUUUCAAGACUGUUUUUGGCUUGUAAGAGUACCACCAGGAAAUGGCAUUUAUAUCAAUUUUACUGUUCUUCAAACAGAACCAAUAUAUGAUUUUAUAACAGUUUGGGAUGGACCUGAGCAAAAUUCACCUCAAAUUGGUCAAUUUAGUGGCAACACUGCAUUGGAAUCUGUCUACAGCACCUCAAAUCAGGUUCUAAUAAAGUUCCACAGUGACUUUACAACAAGUGGCUUCUUUGUCCUUAGUUACCAUGCAUAUCAACUUCGAGUGUGUCAGCCUCCACAGAGUAUACCAAAUGCUGAAGUUCUGACUGAGGAUGAUGAAUUUGAAAUAGGGGACAUAAUAAGGUACCAAUGUCUACCAGGUUUUACAUUAGUUGGUAAUGAGAUUCUGACAUGUCGCCUAGGAGAGAGAUUGCAGAUGGAUGGCAUACCACCUUCUUGCCAAGUAUUGUGUCCUGCAAAUGAAUUGCGCCUUGAUUCAACUGGAGUAAUCCUAAGCCCAGGCUACCCAGAUAGUUAUCCAAACCUUCAAAUGUGUGCUUGGACCAUUACAAUAGAAAAGGGUUAUAAUAUAAGCAUUUACUUUGAAUUCUUCCAGACUGAAAAAGAAUUUGAUAUACUUGAGGUGUUUGAUGGACCAAACAGUCACAGCCCAUUGCUAAUCUCCUUAAGUGGAGAUUAUACUUCCUCUCUCAAUAUAACAAGCACUGGCCAUGAAGUAUUUCUCCGAUGGUCAGCAGACCAUGGUACCAACAAAAAGGGUUUUAGGAUGAGAUAUAUAGCUCUUUACUGCAGUACUCCAGAGUCACCCCCUCAUGGUUUCAUUGUAAGCCAGACAGGAGGGCAGCUGAACAGCGUGGUUCGCUGGGCUUGUGACCGAGGAUUCCGUCUCAUUGGAAAAAGCACUGCUGUGUGUAGAAAAUCUCCCCUUGGAUACUAUGCAUGGGAUGUACCUGUACCAGCCUGUCAAGCUAUCUCCUGUGGAAUUCCAAAAGCUCCUUUAAAUGGUGGGAUAUUAACUACAGAUUACUUAGUAGGUACAUACGUUACUUACUUUUGCAAUGAUGGGUACCGGCUAUCGUCCAAGGAACUAACCACUGCAUCCUGCCAGCCAGAUGGCACAUGGAGCAACCACAAUAAAACACCUCGCUGUGUAGUUGUUACCUGCCCAAGCAUUAAUUCAUUUACACUGGAACAUGGAAGGUGGCGAAUAGUGAAUGGUUCUCACUAUGAGUACAAAACAAAAGUAGUUUUUAGCUGUGAUCCUGGCUACCAUGGGUUGGGACCUGAAUCCAUUGAAUGUCUUGCUAAUGGAACUUGGAGCUGGAGAAAUGAGAGGCCAUACUGCCAAAUUAUUUCCUGUGGAGAACUUCCUACACCUCCAAAUGGGAAUAAAAUUGGAACUCAGAUUACAUAUGGCUCGACUGCUAUCUUUACUUGUGACCUAGGAUUCAUGCUGGUGGGCUCAGUGGUAAGAGAAUGUCUCUCUUCUGGACUAUGGAGUGGAAUUGAAACACGAUGCUUAGCGGGUCAUUGUGGAAUUCCAGAUCUUAUAGUUAAUGGUCAGGUGAUUGGUGAAAAUUAUGGAUAUAGAGACACUGUUGUAUAUCAGUGCAGUCCUGGCUUUCGGCUCAUUGGUUCUUCUGUACGGAUAUGCCAGCAAGAUCACAACUGGUCUGGUCAGCUUCCAUCCUGUGUGCCUGUCAGUUGCGGUCAUCCAGGGAGCCCAAUUUAUGGACGAACAAGUGGGAAUGGUUUCAAUUUCAAUGAUGUUGUGACAUUCUCUUGUAAUAUUGGCUAUGUUAUGCAAGGACCAACAAAAGCCCAGUGUCAGGCAAACAGGCAGUGGAGUCAACCACCACCUAUAUGCAAAGUGGUCAACUGUUCGGAUCCAGGAAUCCCUGGAAAUUCUAUAAGAGAAAGUAAAAUAGAACAUGGAAAUUUCACCUAUGGAACGGUUGUUUUUUAUGACUGCAGUCCUGGGUAUUUUUUAUUUGGCUCUUCAAUUUUAGUCUGUCAGCCAAAUGGACACUGGGAUAAACAUCUGCCAGAAUGUAUUAUGAUUGACUGUGGUCAUCCUGGCAUUCCCCCAAAUGCGAUCCUUUCUGGAGAGAAAUACACAUUUGGAUCUACUGUUCAUUAUUCUUGUUCAGGAAGGAGAUCAUUAAUAGGCCAGGCAUCCAGGACAUGCCAAUUAAACGGACACUGGAGUGGAACAAUGCCUCAUUGCUCAGGUGACACAGCAGGAACUUGUGGGGAUCCAGGAAUCCCAGGCCAUGGUUCUAGAGAACAAACUAAUUUUAGAACUAAAAGUGUUGUACAGUUCUCUUGUGAGCUUGGUUACAUCCUUCAUGGAUCAGAGGAAAGAACUUGUUUGGCAAAUGGAAGUUGGACAGGAAGGCAACCAGAAUGUAAAGCUGUUCAGUGUGGUAACCCUGGAACAACAGCUAAUGGGAAAGUGUUUCAAAUUGAUGGCACAACAUUCUCUAGUUCUGUGAUUUAUUCCUGCAUGGAAGGCUACAUUCUGUCUGGACCUUCUGUACGACAAUGCACUGCCAAUGGGACAUGGUCUGGUUCCUUGCCAAAUUGUACAAUAAUCAGUUGUGGAGACCCAGGAAUACCAGCCAAUGGAUUGAGAUAUGGAGAUGAUUAUGUAGUUGGACAAAAUGUUACUUACAUGUGUCAACCUGGGUACACAAUGGAAGCCAACAGUUCCAAAAUUCGUACUUGUACUAGUAAUGCUACAUGGAGUGGAAUUCUGGCAACUUGUAAAGCUGUUACCUGUCCAACUCCACCCCAGAUUUCUAAUGGAAAACAGGAAGGAAUAAAUUUUGACUGGGGAUUUAGCAUUAGUUAUGUCUGUUCUCCUGGCUAUGAAUUAUCCUUUCCUGCUGUUUUGACUUGUGUUGGGAAUGGAACAUGGAGUGGUGAAGUCCCACAGUGCUUACCGAAGUUUUGUGGUGACCCAGGAAUACCUGCUCAAGGCAAAAGGGAAGGAAAAAGCUUUAUUUAUCAGUCAGAAGUCUCUUUCAGUUGUAAUCUUCCAUUUGUGUUGGUUGGUUCCAGCACUCGUAUAUGUCAGGCAGAUGGUACAUGGAGUGGAUCAUCUCCCCGUUGCAUAGAACCUACUCGGACAGCCUGUGAAAAUCCUGGGGUUCCUCGUCAUGGAUCACAAAACAACACCUUUGGUUACCAGGUAGGCAAUAUUGUGCAGUUUCACUGCAGAAAAGGCUACCUGCUUCAAGGGUCUACAACUCGAACCUGCCUUCCUGAUCUUACAUGGAGUGGGAUUCAACCUGAAUGCAUUGCUCACAGCUGUAAGCAGCCUGAAUCUCCAGCUCACACAAAUGUUGCAGGAAUGGAUCUUCCAUCCCUCGGUUAUACCUUGAUAUAUACAUGCCAACCAGGAUUCUUUCUAGCAGGAGGAUCAGAACACAGAGUCUGUAGAUCUGAUGGUACAUGGACAGGGAAGAUACCUUUCUGUGAAGCUGGUUCCAAAAUAUUGGUAAAAGAUCCUAGACCUGCUUUGGGAACACCAAGCCCCAAAUUAAAUGUUCCUGAUGAUGUGUUUGCUCAGAAUUACAUAUGGAAAGGAUCCUACAAUUAUAAAGGCAAAAAGCAACCAAUGACUUUGACCAUUACUCAUUUCAAUGCAUCAUCAGGAAGAGUGAAUGCGACCCUUACUAAUAGCAAUAUGGAGUUGUUGCUUUCAGGGUUGUAUAAAAGUCAAGAAGCCCGUUUAAUGCUCCAUAUAUAUCUCAUUAAAGCACCAUACCAUACUUCUGCAAACAAUCUGAAAGAGGACAAAUGGGCAAUGGAUGGCUUUGUUUCUGCAGAACCUGAUGGUGCAACUUACGUUUUUCAAGGAUUUAUUCAGGGUAAAGAUUAUGGUCAGUUUGGACUUCAAAGAUUAGGACUUAAUAUGUCUAAAGGAUCAAAUUCAUUAAACCAUUCACAUGGUACAAACAGCAGUUCUGUGGCCAUUGCUAUUCUCGUGCCUUUUUUUGCCCUUAUUUUAGCAGGCUUUGGAUUUUACCUUUAUAAACAAAGAACUGCACCGAAAACACAGUACACCGGUUGCUCUGUACAUGAAAAUAACAAUGGACAAGCUGCAUUUGAAAACCCCAUGUAUGACACCAACACAAAGUCUGUCGAAGGGAAGGCUGUGCGAUUUGAUCCAAACCUGAACACAGUUUGCACAAUGGUAUAA